CAUGGUUCUGACGAUGAUGGAGUCCCAGUGUGAGUAUUUCAUGUAUUUCCCCGCGGUGCCCAUCUCGGACCUGUCCGACCCGGCCCGGUACCGCAGCCUUCCCCGGCGGAGUCAUCUGUACCUGGGCGAGACGGUGCGAUUCCUGCUGGUGCUGCGCUGCAAGGACGACUCGAACCCCGCAGAUGGCGCUGCCGAGCGCGCUGCGGGUUUUGGCUCGGAGGCGGCCAGCAGCCAGGCCUGGCGCGAGCUGGCGGGCUCCCUGUGCGCCGUGGCCAGUGUGAGUCCCGGUGACAGCGGCCGCCACCGCGGUGACCACCGUCUCCAUGACUACGACGGUGACGACGACUACAUGGCUGCGGCGGAAGCGGCCAUCGCUGCGCUUGGGAGCCGCGUUGACUCGCGGUGCCGCAGCUUCAGGGACUGUAAGCCUCUGCUGAUACACAACUCCAGCAGAAACUCCGGCCGGGAGUUCUGCAGGGGCCCGGAUAAGGCGUUGGACGAGCCUCUGGUUCUCACCGAUGAGGUCAUUUUCCCGCUGACUGUCACUCUUGACAAACUCCCUGUCGGGACCCUGAAGGUCAAAGUGAUGGUCACAGUGUGGAAGAGGGAGGCGGAGAAGGUGGAGGUUCAGGAGCUGGGGUACCUGAGUGUCCUACAGCAGAGAGAUCCCACACACACAUUCAGACACGACCUGAACACCUUUAAGGCUCAAGUCAGCACGACUCUGACGGUCUUGGCUCCGCCCACUGUCCGCUGCAAACAGAUGACCGUGGCUGGGAAACAUCUCCUCAUCCUCAAAGUUCUGAACGAGUCUUCUCAGGAGGACGUGUGCGUGCAUGAUGUUCGGGUCCUGCCGAACCUCAACGCAUCAUACCUCCCUGUGAUGCCGGACGGGUCGGUCCUGCUGGUCGACAACGUCUGCCAUCAGUCAGGCGAGGUGGCCAUGACCUCCUUCUGCCGGGUGGACAGUGUCAGUGGGCGUCUUCCCAGCACACUCAGCGCCUUAGAGGAGCACGACUUCCUGUUUCAGCUCCACCUGAACGAACCGCCUCAGGACGACUCCAGCGAGGGACUGGAGGUUCCGCUGGUGGCUGUGUUUCAGUGGUCGACUCCCAAAAUGCCUUUCACCAACAGCAUCUACACCCAUUACAGGUUACCCAGCAUCCGUCUGGACCGGCCUCGCUUCGUCAUGACCGCCAGCUGUCCCAGCACCGUCAAGCUCAAGGAGCACUUCAAAGUCAAAUACAUCCUGAUCAAUAACCUGCAGGACUUUCUGUCUGUGCGACUCGUGUGGACGCCGGAAGCUCGGGGUCAAGAGGAGUCCGUCUUGUCCGCCGUGGUGUGUCACUCCCCGCUCACCAAUCUGGGUCACUGUCGGAAAGGAAGCACUCUCUCCUUCAGCGUGGCGUUCCAGAUCCUCCGGCCCGGACUGUACGAGCUGAGUCAACACAUGAAGCUGAAGCUUCAGUUCACCGCGUCAGUAUCAAAUCCUCCGCCGGACGCUCGACCGCUCUCACGUAAGACGAGUCCAUCCAGCCCGGCGGUGCGGGACCUGCUGGACAGACACCAGGCCAGUCUGGGUCGAUCCCAGUCCUUCUCCCAUCAACAGCCAUCACGCUCCCAUAUCAUGAGGACGGGCAGUGCGGUGGAGCGGCGAGCCAUCACCCCCCCUGUAGGCUCCCCGGUGGGUCGCCCUCUCUACCUCCCCCCACAGGACAAAUCUCUGCUGUCGCUGGACAAGAUUGCCAAAAGAGAGUGUAAGGUCCUGGUCGUGGAUCCGGGUCUGUCGCUGCACUGAUCCAGUGUGACUGGGUCAACUUUUAUUUGACGCUUUUGAUGUUUUUGUUUUAUUUAUGUGGACAUUGCUGCAGCACGUCUGUGUGUGCGAAUAUAAGACAUUAAAAACUUUGUUUAUAACCUGCUGUUAGAAAUCUGUGACAACAGAAGGUCAAGGAUCAGUCUGACAAGGAUCCAGAUGUUCCAUAAAAGUCUGUGGACUGUCCAGAGUCUUGACACUGUGGUCUCAGGAGCCAUGUGGUCAGUUGGGGUCAGCGUUGAGUAAGGAGAGAUGAUCAUCUCAAACGUUUUAAAUACUUUUUUUGGGGUUUAUUGAAAGUAAAAAU